AGCACAGAGUUGUCCAACGUAUCUUGACUUAAGAAAGCUUCUUUGUACCCUCCCCAUGCACACUCAAAAAAGCACGAAGGACAAGCUAAUGGUGAUAGUGACCACAUUAACAGCUCACUGAAGGGACAUAUUCGGACGGUAAAAAAAAAGAUAAUCAACAAAUAAAAAUGUCUGACAGAAUCGUAGAUGAGGAACCAGUGGCUGUCACUCACACAGGACCAAAGGGUGUCAUCAAUGACUGGCGUAAAUUUAAACUGGAGAGCAUGGACCAGGAGGCUCUGCCUCCCAGCAAGAGAGAGCUGCUAAGACAGAUGUCGUCCCCCCACAAACCCAGAGACUCCUGUGUGGGUGGAUUCAAUCGCAAGAUGAGCGCUCAGGAGUAUGAGCUGAUAAAGGAAGAUGAUGAGAAAAGUCUGCGUAAGUACCGCAAGCAUUGCAUGCAGGAGAUGCACGAGCGCCUGAGCUUCGGGCCCAAAUUUGAGGGUGUGUACGACCUUGACAGUGGCGAGGACUUUCUGGAGGUCAUUGAGAAGGAGCACCGGCUCACAGUGGUGGUGGUGCACAUCUACAAAGAUGGAGUGCAGGGGUGCGAGGCACUUAACAGUUGCAUGGAUUGCUUGACCACAGAAUAUCCCAGCGUUAAAUUCUGCCGCAUUAGCGCGGCCGCCACUGGAGCUGGCGAGCGUUUCCCAGAUGACGUGCUGCCCGCCUUGUUAGUGUACAAGGCUGGAGAGCUUCUGGGGAACUUCCUGGCUGUUACGCAGCAUUUCAGCGAGGAGUUCUUUGCUACCGAUGUAGAGGCCUUCCUCAAUGAAUAUGGACUGCUGCCAGAGAAGGAAUGUGGCCCUGGAGCUGAUGAGAAUGAAGCAGAUGUGGAGUGAUGAAAGAUGGCAGAGAGUAAGAAUGGAUGAAAUGAAUGGGAGGAAUGCUUUUCUGAAUAUGACAAGAAUAAGUUUCAUUAUUCUUCCAGCUAGCAUGAUGAGAUGCAUCCGUGUGCACAUGCAUCUCAGGGUAAAGAUCUCUUUGAGCAUUGUAGAGAAAACUACUGAAUGUUUUGUACAGUACAGCAAGGAAUGGAAUCAAGUCAAGAAAGAUAAUAAGAUAAUAAACUAUCCUGUUUUCUCAUAUAAACAAAUAGACAAUUGCAUGAAUAUGAA